GCAGCUUGGUGGGGGGCUGGAGGCCGUGCCCGUGGUGCUGGGCCGCGGUCCGGAGCCUGGCAGGCGCCUGCCGAGGAGCCAGGCUCUUCUCCAGCUGGGGCUGUACGCUCCGCUUCACCCGGGGAAGGACAAGCAGGACAGUUCGGGCAGUUUGGAAGCUGUCGGCGACCCCAUCCCGCAGCCAAUGCCGUUUCCACCCACUGCUGUACGACCAGGCUCCCCUAAACUAGACCCUUCAGAAGUCUACCUGAAGUCUAAGACGAUGUAUGAGGACAAACCUCCAAACACAAGAGAUUUGGAUGUUUUCCUGCGAAAGCAAGAGUCAGGCUUUGGUUUCCGCGUGCUUGGAGGGGACGGACCAGAUCAGCCCAUUUAUAUUGGAGCCAUAAUCCCACUGGGAGCAGCGGAAAAAGACGGGAGGCUGCGAGCUGCGGACGAGCUGAUGUGCAUUGACGGCGUCCCUGUUAAAGGGAAGUCGCACAAACAAGUUUUGGACCUAAUGACAAGCGCGGCACGGAACGGGCAGGUGCUGCUCACAGUCCGGAGGAAGAUCGUCUUUGGCGGGGAGAAGCAGCCAGAGGAGGAGGAGUCGCAGCCUGUCCUGACGCAGAACGGCUCGCCCCGACUGAAUCGGGUAGAGUUUGCAAACCAGCAGUGCCCAGAGGGCUACGAUGUCCGUCUGCAGCGCAAGGAGAACGAGGGAUUCGGCUUCGUCAUCCUCACCUCGAAGAACAAACCCCCUCCUGGAGUGAUUCCUCACAAGAUCGGGCGAGUUAUAGAUGGGAGCCCAGCCGACCAGUGCGGGAAGCUGAAAGUGGGAGACCGCAUCUCGGCAGUGAACGGCCAGUCCAUCGUGGAGCUCUCGCACGACAGCAUCGUGCAGCUGAUCAAGGACGCGGGCAACGCGGUGACGCUGACCGUCGUGGCGGAGGAAGAGCACCGGGGCCCUCCGUCAGGAACGAACUCCGCCAGGCAGAGUCCCGCCCCGCAGCACCGAGCGCUGGGGCCAGCACAACUCAACCCUUCCGGCGCAGACAGGGGAGCUACGGAAGGCGAAGCUGGAAAAGAAGCUCCAAACAGUUACCGGCUCUCCUGGCCCGAGCAUAAGCACUUGGCACAGUCCGAUGCUGGCGUCGCUUCCGUCGCUGGCAGCCGACAUUCCCAGAGUCCCAGCUGUUUCCUCGUGGAGUUGGAAAGGGGCCCUCGAGGAUUUGGAUUCAGCCUUCGAGGAGGGAAGGAGUACAACAUGGGCUUGUUCAUCCUCCGGCUUGCGGAAGAGGGGCCGGCAGUCAAGGAUGGGAGAGUGCACGUUGGUGACCAAAUUGUGGAAAUUAACGGAGAACCCACCCAAGGAAUCACUCACACGCGAGCCAUUGAGCUGAUCCAGGCUGGAGGGAACAAGGUUUUGCUGCUGCUGAGGCCGGGGACUGGCCUGAUACCGGAUCACGGUUUGGCUCCUUCCAGUCUGUGUCCCUACGUGAAACCUGAGCAGCAUUAAGGGCUUUCAGUGCUUUUCUUGGUUUUUCCUUAAAGACUUGGUGAUUGGGAUAGUUCUAAUCCAUCUUCGUCACAUGUAAUAUAUGAAGAACAGUCACCGUCACCUUCAUCGCCACAUUCUGCUUCCCCAUCCGAAGUGUGUCGCUCACCGGGAGAAGCUCUGCCGAGGGUUCAGCUGUCUGCGAAACUGGAACAAGCCAGGAACGCUGUGCCUGGACCGAAAAGCACUUUACCCCAAACCCGGGUUGAGGUGAAGCCUCAGUCUUCUCCCCCGAGAGCCAGGGACAGGUGGGAAUGUCCCUCCAGCCCUGGGUUUGAAGCCAC